AUGGAUCAGGAGGAGCCGAAGAUAACCGUGAAAGUGAAGAACCAGGCCGGGAGCUCUAUGCUGUUCAGAAUCAAUCCAGCUGCCCAGUUGCGUAAAUUGAUGCUAUCGUACUGCGAUUGGAACGAGCUCGUCGUAGAUGAUGUCCGUUUCUCGUGCAAUGGCCGCGAUUUGCACCGUGAUGACACCCCUAAGUUGGUGAAGAUGGAGGAAGGUGAUGUCAUAGAUGCAGUCCCAAUAAUGGAUCAGGAGGGGCCGAAGAAGAUCAGCGUCUUUGUGAGGGGCUCGCGUAACGAGACCACCAUGUACAGAAUCAAUCCAGCUGCCCCGUUGGGGAAGCUGAUGCAAGCAUACAGUGAUUCGAUCGGGCUGCCAGUCGACGAUGUUCGUUUCAUUUACGGGGGUCGCCAAUUGCAACGUGAUGCUACCCCUCAGCAGGAUACCAUGCCGCAAGGCGAUCGGGGGCCCGGAGAUGACGACGAGGGUGGAGUCGGAUCCCAAGCAUGGGAGAGUAACUAA